AACUGAACAACACGACAGCGCGUGACCGUGAAAUACGACACUGCCGACAUUGAUCACGCAAGUGCUCUGUAAACAGCAAUGCCGGGGACCGCUGCCUGUCGCGUGACGUCGGGCCUCCUGUCUACCCUCUAUGUGCUUGCUGGAACCAUGAAGAUGUACCCUUUCAUAGGGAGCGUCCAUCAAGAACUGAGACGAGGGUUCGCCAAGUUUGCCACAGUGUUUCCUGGCAAUAUGAUUGGACUGCGUGUUGACCCCGUGACCUACAUGUACGGUGUCGGUGUUAUGGAAGUCGGCCUCGGUCUGGGUAUGAUGUUAGGGCCACGGAAGGUCAAGGUCAUAAGCAUUGGAAGCUUGAUGGUGAUCAUGGUGGGAGCGGCGUUUUCAGAGUUCAGUAUUGGGAUGUAUACUAAAAGCCUGUUCCCGACAGGUUUGUGUUUCGCUCUCGGCUAUGUCCUCAACAGCUGCUGGAUAGAUGAACAGAAGAAGAAGCGGUGAAACUAACGACAUUUUCAAACUUUACAUCAUGUUAAUAUUAUGAUCGUUUAGAAAGUAUAAAACGGAAAUGCUGUACUAUGAGCUGUGUUUCACACGUGAAAGGU